AAGAAAAGAAUGGCGAGAGAGAGAGAGGAGGGGAGGUGGGGGGCUACGGAAGGCCACCACGCAACGAUAUAUAACAGUCUCUAUCUCUAAAAUUAAUCAAUCUAUCAUCUUGCAUACACACACUCUCUCUCUCUCUUUCUCUAUAUAUAUUUGUAUCUUCAGCAUUGAUCUCCUCUCAUUCCACGACGAGUCGUGAUCUAUAUCCGAAUCGGUGGUGGUAAGAUCAGACGAAGGGGAGCGGAUUGUGUAUUGUGUUGGAGAGGGAGAGAGAGAGGGGGAGGAUUGUCAGGAUGUCGCGCUCGUCGUCGAGCGGGUCGGAGGAUGAAGAUGAGGGAAUUGAUUCGUACCGGAAAGGAGGCUAUCACGCCGUGAGGGUCGGCGAUUCCUUCGCCGGCGGCCGGUACAUCGCGCAGCGCAAGCUCGGUUGGGGUCAGUUCUCCACCGUCUGGCUCGCUUACGACACUGUUUCCUCCAGAUACGUUGCCCUUAAAAUCCAGAAAAGUGCUGCACAAUUUGUUCAAGCUGCUCUCCACGAAAUUGAAGUUCUUUCUGCCAUUACCAAUGGGGACCCUUCAAAUAGUAAGUGUGUAGGACGAUUGGUUGAUCACUUUAAACACACGGGCCCAAACGGACAGCAUUGGUGUAUGGUCCUCGAGUUCCUUGGUGAUAGCCUGCUCCAGCUGAUCAAACGUAACCGCUAUAAAGGCCUACAUCUGAAUAGAGCGCGGGAGAUAUGCAAAUGCAUUUUGAUUGGGUUGGAUUAUCUGCACAGGGAACUUGGUAUUAUACAUACAGACCUAAAACCUGAAAAUGUUCUUCUCAUUUCUACUAUUGAUCCUGCCAAAGACCCUAUGAGGUCUAAUCUCCCCCCGAUUCUUGAAAGGCCUGAGGGGAAUCCAAAUGGUGGAGUCACCAUAAAUCUUAUUGAAAAGAAGUUAAAGCGAAGAGCGAGGAGAGCAGUGGCUAGGAUAUCGGGAAGACGAUCUUCGACGGGAGGGAGUCCAAAAUCACAAAGAUGCCUGGAUGGGAUUGAUAUGAAGUGCAAGGUUGUGGAUUUUGGAAAUGCUUGUUGGGCUGAUAAGCCGUUUACUGAAGAGAUUCAGACCAGGCAGUAUAGAGCCCCUGAAGUUAUACUUCGCUCUGGAUACUCUUUCUCUGUUGAUAUGUGGUCAUUUGGUUGCAUGGCCUUUGAGCUUGCUACAGGAGAAAUGAUGUUUACUCCGAAGGGUGGACAAGGAUUUAGUGAGGAUGAGGAUCAUCUGGCUUUGAUGAUGGAACUCCUAGGGAAGAUGCCACGGAAGAUAGCGAUAGGGGGGGCCCGAUCAAAAGAUUACUUUGACAGACAUGGGGAUCUGAAGAGGAUUCGGAGGCUGAAAUACCGGCCACUUGAUCGAUUAAUGGUUGACAAAUACAAAAUUUCUGACUCUGAUGCUCGAGAGCUUGCAGAGUUUCUUUCUCCCCUCCUCGAUUUUGCGCCUGAGAAUAGACCAACUGCUCAGCAGUGUCUACAGCACCCAUGGCUCAAUACCCGGAAUCUGACGCAGAAUGAAGUUAAGAAUGAACCUAGUAUUGAAAAAGUGAAUGUUGGGAUGGGCAACCUUCAGAUUAAGGUGGGAAAGUGAAGGGAUGGGAGGUCACUUUGCUGGAAGACCUCUUCUAUGGCCCGCCCGCCCUCCUCCUGUACAAGUAUAUCAUUGCUUAUGAUUUGUUUUUAUUUCCCUUUUUUAACUUUUUUGGCUCUUUUGAUUUGAUGGUUAUCUGAUAAGAUCUCAUUUUUUGCUUCACAAAAGAUGUAACAUAGCGGAUGAUUAUUCUGACGAAAUAACAUCAAUGGGCGCGAAUUUUGACACGGAAA